AUGUCGUCCAUCACAGCACCACCCACAAUCACCGACGACAAGUCCCCCCACGUGAUUCCCUUCCUGCUCGCCCGCCUCGCCGCCCACCGCGAGCAACACGCCGCAGCAGGCACCGCCCCACCCCCGUUCUUCCUCGGCCUAAACGGCGUGCAAGGGGCUGGCAAGACCACCUUGGUCUCCACCCUCGCCACAACCCUCCGCGCCCCACCCUACGCCCUCACCACCGCCGUCCUCUCCCUCGACGACUUCUAUCUCCCCCACGCCGCCCUCACCGCCCUCGCCGAGUCUACCUCGAAUCCUCUGCUUCAGCACCGCGGUCAGCCACCUACUCACGACCUUGUCCUGGGUGCUUCUGUCUUCGAUGCUCUGAAAUCCCGCGCCCCAGUCGCUUUGCCCCAGUACGACAAGUCCGCGUACGCCGGACAGGGCGACCGCGCUGAUCCCGCUACGUGGGAGCGCGUAAACGAGGGCGAGGAGAAGAUAGCAGUGGUCGUGUUUGAGGGAUGGAGCGUUGGGUUCAAGAGUCUAGAAGAGAAAGAGGUAGAGGCGAAGUGGGUUGCGGCGCGGAAAGCAGAGGACGAGGCGGAGAGAAAGGGGGAGCAAGGAGCGGGGCAGUUGGGGAAGCAUAAACUGUGGGAUUUGCUCGAGGUGAAUGAGGCGUUGAGGAGUUAUGAUGUGUUUACUGAUGCGUUGGAUGCUUUUGUGCAUAUCGACGCCGAGGACACAAGAUACGUCUACGCCUGGCGACUAGAGCAAGAAGCCGCCCUGCGUGCCUCCAAAGGCACAGGCAUGACCGACGAGCAAGUCAUCAGCUUCGUCAAUGGCUACUACCCCGCGUACGAGCUCUACUCCCCUAGCCUUCGCCGCGGCCUUUUCGCGUCCAAUACAGGCGCCCAGAUGCGGCUAGUCGUAGGGCGGGAUCGCAUGAUCAAGAAAGUAGAGGUGAUAUAA